AUGACUAAAACUGAUGAUGAAGAUGACAAUGACACUGACAACGACCAUUACUAUGAUGAUGAUGGCUCUCCCGUGGCUCGAGCAACAAGCCGACUUCCCAGGUGUGCUUCCAGCAGCACUAGCCACCACUUCCCCACCCCCUCCACACCACCUCCUCCUACCCCUACCCCCACUCCCAGCACAACACCAGAUUCGAGAGUCCCCCAUGGGCCUCAUGGCAACAUCAGUGUAGCACCAGCGGCGGUUUCGGCAGAAGCCACCGCACCACCCUGCCAAGUAGCAACUUCAGCUAAAAGCAGCGGGCAGGCGCGAGGAGGGGCCCGGGAGGAGGGCAGCGCUUCUGGGAUAUUUAAUCCCCAACCCCCUUUCUCUCUUUCCUGUUGCGUCCCAGCCCUCCGCCCCACGUUCUUCUUUCGCUGGCACAGAGUGACCCAGAGCUGCUCAGCUCUGCUCAGCCUGACCGUGCAGUGCCGCGCUCUGCGCAGCUCCGCUCCGCUCCGGGGAACCCAGCAGCGAGGGCGCGGAGCUGGGGAGCCCCAGCCCUGCGCUCCCUUGGAUUCCGGGGCCGCUCCCCUCCUAAGCCGCAGGCGCUGCCGCCUCCGCCUCCGCCGUCUCCUCCUCCUCGGGAGUUGCGCGCACAGCGGAGGCACCAGCCGGGACACCCGCAGCCAGCCAGACGGUCGACAGGGCGGACCGGUAGACGGGAGCCCCCGUAGGAGGGAGAGCGGCCGGAGGGAGCGCACUUGGAGACCGGCCCGCAGCAUGGAUUCGGAUUCCGGGGAGCUGAGCGAGGGCGAGACCGUCUCCGCGGCAGGCCCUGACUUAUUUAGCUCAAAGAACCUUGCCCUUCAAGCACAGAAGAAAAUUCUGAGCAAACUAGCGAGUAAAACCGUGGCCAAUAUGCUUAUUGAUGACACCAGCAGUGAGAUCUUUGAUGAGCUCUACAAAGUCACCAAAGAACACACCCGCAACAAGAAGGAAGCCCAUAAGAUCAUGAAAGACUUAAUUAAAGUGGCGAUCAAAAUUGGGAUCCUCUACCGAAACAAUCAGUUCAACCAAGAAGAGAUGGAGAUAGUGGAGAAACUCAGAAAGAAGUUAAAUCAGACAGCCAUGACCAUGGUGAGCUUCUAUGAGGUGGAGUACACUUUUGAUAAGAACGUGCUUUCCCAGCUCCUGAAUGAGUGUAAAGACCUGCUUCAUGAACUGGUGGGGAGGCACCUGACUCCCAGGACCCAUGGACGCAUCAACCAUGUCUUCAAUCACUUUGCAGACGUGGAAUUCCUCUCUUCCCUCUAUAGCCUGGAUGGAGAGUGUCGACCCAACCUCAAAAAGAUCUGUGAUGGAGUCAACAAAUUGCUGGAGGAAAAAAUUCUUUGAAUUUUUUCCCUCCAUUUCCUCUUUCUUGAUUUAAAAUGACAGUCACUGAGUGUCUCUAAUGAGAAGCAGCAGCAACAACAACAAAACAAAACCCCUGUAAAGUGUAUCAGUUUUCUGUCUCGUUUAUCUAGCAGAUGCUAGCUUCGUUCCGAGUCCAGGUGUACUUCCAGAGCUUCCUGAUGUUGGAUUUUUAAAGUAUGUCUCUUUGCAAGUGUUUGAUGUAAAUGGCAUCUCAGAGACUUGUUAAGGAUAGUUGAUAACAUAUCCCAAGCAGGGGAACUAUUCUGUUGAACUACAACAAAAUCCAGGAAGAUCACCAAUCCAGCUUGUUCAAGUGUGUGAGGGGUGAUUAGUUUGGGAGGGAAAGAGGGAAAGAACAACAAAAUACAAGCGACUGGCUUUUAAAUGUCGUCUUCCAGGUGUGCAGAUUUUAAAAAAUAAUAAUAACCUAGAAAUUUAAAGAAACCCAGCCUCCCAAAGCAAGAAAAUGUAUUCCCCACCCCAUUCCUACUCUCCCAACCCCCAAGCAACAUGAAUUAGAAUAUAGAUCAAAGACUUGCUAUGGGAAGUAAAUACACCUUCAUCACUUUGUUGAGGGGUGGAGAGAAUAGGGUGGUCAUGAAGAGAGUUUUCCUAUUUCAGAUGUUAUAGUACUCCAUGGGGGGCAAUUUCCUGGGCAUAUGUCAACAGUCCCUAAUGAGAGGUAAUGUCCCUUCUAUACCUGUCCCUGGGAGAUACACACAUCUCAUAUCUGUGUGUGGCUAAUCAGCUAUGGUUCAAGGAAACUCUACCUGACCCAGGCACACAACCAAUAAGGGUUUAUACUGAUGCACAGGUGAAAAUCAAAGGGGAAGAAGCCCUUUCCUUCAUUCUUGACCUUCCCAAAUUUCACUGCACCAUUUUUUUGGCCCAUUAAACUGAACAGCCCUUUGAACAAAGGAGGAGCUUGUGAUUAUGAUUCAGAAACAAAAACCACCUGCCAAAAGAUGCUUCCCUAUAAUAAGAACAGUGAAAAUGACAAGAGAGAAAUCCAGAUGUCAGAACACAUGCCCCACUCUCUAUUCCCUGGAACAAGAAGGAUCAUACUGUCUCAGAUCGUGGUCCAAACCGGCCCCGUAGUCUGUCUCUGAUAGCAGUACCCGUGCAUGGAUGGAUGACUUGUGGGAGGUCAUGGUUGCAACAUCAGCCAAAACAGCAACGGCCCAGAUGCCAACUAGUCAGACUUGAAUUGCUCCCAUUGUCAAAGUCUAUUAAACACUUCAGUGAAAAACAGCAUUGUGCAGGUGUUGGGUUUUUUUUUAACCAAAAGAGAUUUUCAGCCUCUAGGAUAGCAUUUUUUUAACUGAAAUGGAGUGGGGAAGGGCAGAGGUAAUGGAAUUGCUGACGAAUCCUUCUUGCCCCCAUGUUCUCAAGAACUGUUCCGACCUUUAAUCACAAAGGAGGAAUUGGGGCACAGUACUUGCUGCCUGCACAGGUAUUGAGAGUGGUUCUGUUUCAUGUUGCUAGCAAGGAGCAAAGGUCAGUGAAGUUCAGCCAACCUGGCAUCCAUGGAAGCUGCAGGGAGCAGGCUUCUAGAUUUUCCCAUUGCACCUGCUUACAAUUCCUGCCUCAACAGUGACUUGACAGCUGGAAUUGUCCCAUCUAAAUGCCUGACUUGGUGAUUCUAAAAAUGCCACAUGGGGCGGCUAGGUGUCGCAGUGGAUAGAGCACUGGCCCUGGAGUCAGGAGUACCUGAGUUCAAAUCCGCCCUCAGACACUUAACACUUACUAGCUGUGUGAG